UGAGCUACAACAAAAAUAGAUCAGUUUAAGUACAAAUGGCCGCCAAUGCCACGCCCCCGCAUCGUUCCUCGCUCUCCGCCCACUUCUUUCUUCCGCUUCCCUGCUCCAUUCUUUUUGCUUCUUGAAAUACUUUUGCGGUUUCUUUUACUUCCGUUCGCUCUUUCGCUCCUUUCUUUCACACGCGCCAGCGUCCAUUGUUAAACUUUAAUGCCAAAUGGUGGUACGAACCUGCUGAUCCAAGGGGGCGGCAGACCCCUGAGGGGGGCGUGGCUGUACAAAUUUCACGAAAAUUGUCCUCGCCACGGCGCACGGGGAAAACUUUAUUUUAGUUUUAUCCUCUUACUACUUUGCUCAGAUGGAAAGCGUUAUUUUAUUGAAUUUUUCUCUCUCUUUUUUUCUCUGCAGGUUGCAAGUGCAAAAAAAAUGAAAACCAUAAAAAAGAACACGGCGAACAGGGAAAAUUCUGUUGCCACAAAAGUUUUUCGUUUCAUUUGCCAUUUUUUGCACAUUUGCCUGCUCGAUUUUCGUCCUCAUCCCUUUGGCAGGCUGCUCAUUUACUUUGUUGUCCUUGCUGGUCCUCUGGUUUCCAUAGUGUUUUUUUAGUUUUUAAGUCUGGUUGUUGGUUUUACGUAGAUUUGGUUUUGCAGUUUUUGUUGCAUUAGCUGGUCGUUGAGGCGUAAAGUUCAAUGGCGGGUUAAAUGGACUUAAUACCGGAACUUUUUAGAACUUUCCCCCACCCCCGAAGGACCAAACUUCUAGCGUUGAUCGUCCUGGGCAACAAAGUGAAAGUUUUUUUGUUGAACAGCUUAAAAAGAGAUUGGCUUUCCUGCUUCCACCCCUCCACUUCCCCGCUUCUUUUUCUUGCUGGCCAAAGGAUUUAGCAGUUUGUCCAAGUUUGUGUGUGUGGCCAAGUUCGAUGGAAAUGUGGAAAAGGAAUUUUCGACAGUAACAAUAAGUGAUGGCCGAAUGUGUUGGCUGAAGUUACUUCGCCUUCGAGGACAAAGUUUUUAGGUGACAAAGGAAAAAGUUGGAAAUUAUUUGAAAUGCUUUUCAAAUGGCGAAUGGGCGAAAUUGAAAUGGAAUAUGCACAUUUAAGUCGUAGUUAUCUGAAACUAUUUCCCAAAUGCAAUUUAAGAGUAUGUGGCUUCAAAUCUAGAAAGUUUUAACUCUUUUUUCGCCAUUUCUGUUUCUAAACUUUUCUGCAAAAGUCCGUGAAAAGAUUUAAACCUUCGAAUUUCGGCGCGCGUGUCAAAAAUUUCGUUUCCAUCACUUGGAAAACCCUUCAGACGAAACUUGGCCAACCUAAGAGACGCUGAGGGCACUAAGGAAAAUUUGAAGCCAGUUAUGUAAAGGAGGCCAGCAAACAAAACCGUCAAAAAAGAAUAAGGGUGCCAAAGAGUAGGGGAAAAAAGGAGUCUCGUGUCAGCUUUUUAUGCCUUUGGCCAAAGGACAUGCUGGCAAUUUUGUUACCCAAGAAGGGAGAAAAGGACGAUUUUCCAUGGGGGUAGAGGGCAAUCGUGGCGACAAGUUGUUAAGUAAGCAGCGACAACUCAAAUAAAAGGCCAGCGGAAUGAGAUUCCAGAUAGUUUCGCUGCUCUCAAGUCCGGGAGGUGUAAAAAGGCCAUCAAAAAGCGUUGGCUCUUCGGGAGAUUUCUCUUAAAGUUUCUCGUUGUUGCCCCGUUCUAAGGUAAACAAAAACUAAAAGUGAGAAAAGCAAGCGCCUCAGAGAUUGAAUAGAUUGAGCUGAGAUUGAGUCUCCGGCACAGCUCAGUAUACAAUAUUAAAAUUCGCUUAUGCCCAGGACGUCAGACAGACGUCUUAUCUUCUGGCCGAGUCUUACCUGCAGUUGUUUUAGGCGGCUUUUGUUUGGUUUCCGCUUCACACUUCCCAAGUGGCGGAUCGCAGGGCCGGGGAUUCCGCAGUCCGGACUCCCAGAUGCGGUUUAUGUGACAUGCGGGCCAGGGAAACUCAAGAAACUAAAGAAGCGGCAGCGGCAGCAGGCAGUAAACAAACGAAUGCUGGCAGGUGAGUGGCAGCAGAGGUGGAGUUUCAGGGGGCUAAGGGGGGGCUUCUCAGAGACCAUCAGGGGGUUUCCGGGGACUCCAGGGGACAGGGUGUGGCUGGCUGGUACCAGAAGUCAUACAAACGCAAGACUAAACGAGGCGACAGACAAUACAAGACUUCGAACUUGUCAUACAAAACGCUGGCGCGACAAUCAAUGGAAUUUAUGGUCGCAGCAGGUUCAGUGCCAGUGCCAAACCCAAGCCGAAUCUCAAUCCCAAGCCCACAGACAGAAUCCAACCCAGGCCCAAGUAAAAACCAUUCCCAAAGCUGCCCGGGGACUGACUGACAUGUGCACUUGCAGAAAUGUCCUUAGUUUGUCCUACUAUUUUCAGUGCAAGUACCUAUAGGAUUGAACUCAAUAUUACUAUAUUCUAAAAAUUUGGAGAAACUUUUCUAAUUUCCAUUUAUAUGUCAUAAAAGUAAAAAUCGCUUACUCUCUUUUUCGGACAGAAAAAUUCUUUUGUUUGUCGAAAAUAUUUCUUGAAGUGCUAACUUGUUUUAGUGUACUUAAGCAUUUUUAACGCCAUUUGAUGCCUUUUCACACAUUCGGCAAAGCGAAGAACAAACACCACCAGAACCCCAGACCUUAACCGAACCGAAAAAAAUAAAACUCAAGGAACACUUAGUCAGCCCAUCAUCGUCCUUCGUCCUGCCCCUCCCCCACCACCAUCAGUGCUCAUCCUUUUUACUGCCGUUUGGGAUUCAGGAGUAGGAUUCAGUACUGUAUUAUGCGGCUUGUGUUUACACUAACAGACCCGGAGUCCUGAAAAUGUAUAGAUGGGGGAGGAGCCCAGCUACUGUAUUGAAUUUCACGCAUCAUUUGGCCAAGGUUCAUUCGGUUCUUGCUUUUGGUUUUAGGUUUUCGGACCCCAAGGCGUGGGUGCCACUUUCUGACUCUGCGGUUGGCUUAAAAUUAAAACAAAUAUCGGAAAACAGGCAAGUGGUGUUGCGAAGGUGUUGGAGUCGGCAUUUAAUUUCAGACAGGUGGAAGAAUUUCGAGUUGGCCGAGGAAAUGUAAUAUGCUCUGCAUGCCCAUUUGGCCAAGGAGCUGUUUUCUGUUGUGGUUGCCCAAAGUGAAGUGCAAGUGGGGGAAAUAUGCCAGGAAUGUGUUGGCUAAAGGGUUCGGAAAUUCGGGGAAAUUGAGGGUUGCCAGCGAGUGUGUUGAAAGCGGCAUUCCAAUGUGUAGGAUAUCAAUAGGUAGCCGCAAGAUAACGAAACUGAAACAGGAUAGAGGGGAGACCUGAAAAUAAUUUGGGAUGUUUGUAGGAACUAACAAAAGGGAAGUCAGAGACUACAUGUACAACAUGUAAAAUGAGCCUUGUAAAAUAGAAAAAUUUUUAUAGUAAGCUCUGUUAAUGAAUGCUUUUAAAUGUUUGUCUCUACUAAUGAUUCCAGUGCUUCGCUUAAUUGAAACCGCUUUUAUAAUUAAAACUUUAGUUGGCUGUAUAACCGGAGAACACAAUUCCAAUGCCAGGAACAACCGUGAAACCGCAAAACAUAUAUUACGUAAUUCCGGACAAAGCGUAAAACAGAAAAUACAAUAUAUAAACCUGAAUAAAUUUAUUUUCACCGCCAUUGGUCGGCCCCAAUGCUGAUUAAUGUGGAUUGCUCGACAAAUGUGUGCACAUUAGCAUUAAAAUAUAUGUACAUCUAUGGAUGCUCCACUCGUUUUGUGCCCAACUUUUAUUAGACCAAUUAAAUUGCGGUUGGCACUGAAGAGUUGAAAAGCUACGAAUAUAUAGAAAACUUCGAUGUCUCCCCUUUGUCUGCGUUGCCAUUUAAUGUGCAGCAAUUUUCACCCAACAAAGGCAGUCAAUUAGGGGGUUCCCCACCCCCGAUAGAAGACAAUACUAUUGUUGUUCUAGCCGGCGAACUAAGACAUCAUCAUAUGAUAGAUUUUUAGUAGAGAGAGAGAGGGGCUACUAAUUAGCCAUCAUCAGCAGCGGCGGCUACACAAUUUCCACCAUCAAACAACAAACACUAAACUGCACUGGCCAGUUAACCGCAGCUGCAUUUUGAGCAUUUCCCCAACGUGCAUGGAAUUAUUUCACUAACAUAUUUAGGUAAUUUAGUUGCGGGAGCGAAGCUGUGUGUUAAU